GCGGAUUGCCCUGGUUUGUGCCGUUCGUCUGGUGGCCGGUGAUUGGAGCUUGAUGGGUCAUGACGUCGCCACUGCCAUUGUUGACUGAGGGUUGCCUCCGAUCUCAUCUCGCGCCUCACAGAACUCUCAAUCUCACCUCGCUCUCUUGCCUCUCAGCCCGUCGCCGCCGUCUGUCGUCGUUUGCCGUUCGUCCGCCGCCAGUCUCUCUCGUCUUCGCCUCGAGGAUGGAAUCUCAGAUUAAACAUGCUGUGGUGGUGAAAGUAAUGGGUAGAACCGGAUCUAGGGGGCAGGUAACUCAAGUUAGAGUCAAGUUUCUUGAUGAUCAAAAUCGUUACAUCAUGAGGAAUGUGAAGGGACCAGUGAGGGAAGGCGAUAUUCUGACCCUGCUGGAGUCUGAGAGAGAAGCUAGGAGAUUGCGUUGAUGGGAUUCUGAUACUGUUAUGAUCCCAGUUUUCAAUUUCAGGGUUGCCCUUACUCAAUCUUAUCCCUUUAUCAUAUAGUCUUCUAGCAUGCGGCUGUUUUCGUUCUACCCAUUUUGGAAAUGGCCUUUAAAGUUAAGGUUGAAUAUUGAACAGAAUGUUAUAUAAUCUAUUUGAGUUGCUAAAUUUCUGGAUCA